UUUCGUCACUCAGUCGCGUACCUGUUCGCAAUCGUCCCGAACAUGUACUCGUUUCUCGUGGUUUCCCUCGGAUUGCUGGUGUCCUGUGUCGUCACCGAUGGGUCCAUUUUACCAGCUCCUGGACAUUCUUCCCCCAAGGGCUUGGUCGGCAGGAUAGUGAACGGUACCAAGGCGACUCUUGGCCAAUUUCCGCAACAGGUGUCCUUGAGGAGGAGACCACUGGGGAACCAUUUCUGCGGAGGCAGCAUCGUCGACAAAAGUUGGGUCCUCACCGCUGCCCACUGCAUGUACUCGAAUAAGAAACCGAUCAGCGAGAUCAGCAUCAAGGUAGUCGCCGGGCAGAUCAGGCUGAACGCUCCCGCUCCUUCGAGUCAAAACAGCACCGUCGAUAAGAUCUUCAUUCAUCCGAAGUACGAUGAUAAGACCUUGUCAAACGACGUGGCACUGUUGAGGCUAACCAGUCCAUUUCGACUGGACAAUUCCACGGUGAAGAGCAUAGUGCUCAGGGAUACUUCGGUGAACCAAGGCACCAUGUGUUUCGUAUCCGGAUGGGGAUAUCGUGCCAGCAACAUCCAAGUGGUGAGCAACGACUUGCUCUACGUCGUGCUGCCGAUCGUCGACCGGAAGACCUGCGGCGAUCUCAUCCAGGGUUACUACAUUCCCGACGGCAGCAUUUGCGCCGGCUACAAGGAGGGUGGAAAAGACGCCUGCCAGGGCGACUCGGGGGGAGGAAUGAUUUGCGACAGCCGACUAACUGGUAUAGUAUCCGGUGGGAUUGGCUGUGCUCUACCAAAAACUCCCGGUUUCUACACGGAAGUCUAUCAAUAUCGAAAAUGGAUCCAGUCUACCAUGUCGAAGAAUUCCCAGGCGGCUGCUGGAAAAGUCCCUUUCCUCCUCCCGAUCGUGAUCGGGCUCUCGGCCGUUUCCCUCUGGUAAUUUAUUAUUUAAAAUACACCUAGAGUCCCCGACAA